AUGACAGAGAUUGUGUUUAACGGGGCGAAUUCUGGGGCCCAGGUUGCUGUCAAUUAUGGCGAGAUCAACAAUUCGCAAUUCUACUGGCCCCCCGAGCGACCGGAAACUCCACCAGAGCCUCUGUCGACUGUCCCAUUUGACCGUGAUCCGGAUUUUGUGAACCAUGGAACACUUCUGGAGCAAAUCGAGAUCAAAGGCUCCGAAUUGGGGUCCAGAAUAGCCCUUGUGGCAAAUCGCAACUUGCCAUUGAAUACUCGUAUCGCCUUCGCGACGAAUCGUCCGAGACAUGGGUUUUUUUGGAUCCUUGCGAACAACGCCGCUCGAUUUGAACAGAGUAUUCGAGAUAUUGCCGACCGUGUAAAGAUGUACGGCCGGCGAAAUGCACAGGCGAACGUAUUCAAGCUCUUCCACGACUGGCUGCAGGAUGAAAGAAAUGGGAAGUGGAUUGUCAUCCUUGACAACCUGGAUGAUGAUCAGUUCCUCCAUGAAGUUCCACCUGUACAGCAAGACAUUCAAGGCAAAGACGACAGCAUCAAGCCGGGUCGUUCGAUCUGGGAGUAUUUUCCCCGAAGCUUGAAAGGGAAUAUCCUAAUCACGAGCCGGAGCAGACGUGUGGUAUCAAGCAUAGUCGACGAUCGUGACAUCAUACCUGUUGACCUAAUGCAGAAAGAUGAUGCUGUAAACCUCUUUAAGAAGAAAUUCAGAGCGGAGGGCAACGCGGAAGAUAUCAUUGACCUAACCAAGGCACUGGAUUUCAUGCCGCUUGCGAUCGUGCAAGCUGCGUCGUACAUCAAGCAACUGGCACCUCGAAUUUCAGUUCCAGAAUAUCUGAUGGAGUUUCGGAGGAGUGACAGCCAGAAGGUCACGCUCCUUGCAGACAUGCUGUCUCUCAUGAGCUUCUUUGACCGACAAGGGAUUCCCGAUACCCUGAUUCGAGAACGCAAGCCAGUGAAGCUGCACACUGGAAGCCCGGUUUCGGAAACUAUCGAUGAGGCAACCAAUGACAGUGACGGUGAAAGCCCCAGUGAGUCCAGCGUGGUUGACUGGACAUUUGAGGAUGAUGUUUUGCUGCUGAGAGACUACUCGUUGAUAUCCAUUGGCGCAAACAACACCGGCUUUGAGAUGCAUCGCUUGGUCCAGCUAGCCACGCAGAAGUGGCUCGAAGGCAAUUUCCCGGUUUCGAGCUUCGAGAACUGGCCAAGAUGCCAGUUGCUAUUUUCUCACUUGCAAUGCGCACUUACACAACGACCACAUACGGAAACGUCGUUGGGAGAGUGGGCGUCACUGCUUCUCGAAGGAGCCUCCUUUACACUCUCUCGGGGGAAUGCCGUUGAGAGUCGCAGAAUGGCAAAAAUGGCUGUGCAGGCAACACAAACACUUUUCGGACCAGAGGACGACAAAACGCUAAGUAGCCACGAAAUUCUUGGGCUGGCAUAUCGUAAUGCUGGCGAGUGGAAAAAAGCAACAACUCUGUUCGAGCAGGUUUCGGACCUAGGCCGCUUUGAAAAAUCCGAGAAGAUCCAGGUACAGGUGUUGGAGACUCGCAAGAAGAAGCUUGGCAAGCACCAUUCUGACCCCUUGAUAAGCAUGAAUAACCUGGCGACGACGUAUAGCUGCCAGGGUAGGUGGAAGGAUGCCGAGAUUCUCUAUUUGCAGGUGUUGGAAAUUCGCAAGACCUUACUUGGCGAGGACCAUAAUCUUACUUUAACGAGUAUGUCCAACCUAGCCCUGACUUACUGGAAACAGGGCCAGUGCCAACAAGCCGAGGAGCUCCAGAAAGGGGUACUCAGGAUCAUAACGAUUAAACUCGGCAAGGACCAUCCUCAGACCCUAACGAGUAUGAACAACCUUGUGUCAACGUACUCGGAUCAAGGCCGGUGGAAUGAGGCUGAGGAGCUCGAGCUACAGGUCCUGGAAGCGAGAAAACUCAAACUCGGCGUAGACCACCCGGAAACGCUGAUUAGCAUGGCUAACCUCGCGUCAUCUUAUUCAAAUCAGGGCCGGUGGGAAGAGGCCGAGCAGCUCCAAGUCUCGCUGUUGGAGGUCUGCAAGAGUAAACUUGGAGAGUACUACCCGACCACCUUGACGACCAUGUCCAAUCUUGCUUUGUCAUAUUCGGAACAGGGCCUAUGGGCAGACGCCGUGAUACUUCAGGUACAGGAGAUGGAGGCCUGCAAGCACACGAUGGGCAACGACCACCCCGACACGUUGAUCAGUAUGGGCAAUCUAGCAAACGACCAGAAUCAGUGGGACAACGCGGAGACACUCCUACGAAAAGUGGCAAAAAUCAGAAAGAUCAAAUUCGGCAAGACCCACGUGUCCACGCAAAGGAGCGUAUCCAACCUGGCCUUGGUGUACUGGAAAACCGGCCGGUGGAAGAAGGCUGAGGUGCUCCAGAUUGAGGUGACGGAGACUUUGAAGAUGAUUCUCGGCGAGAGCAAUCCCUUGACAUUGAUGGCCAUGGCCAAUCUUGCCUUGAUUCAAGAAUCUUCCGGUUAA